AAAAUUAAAUUCUGAUUUUGAUUAAAAAAAUUAAAAAAAAAAUAAAAAGAAAGAAAGAAAGGGAAGAGAGUAGCAAUAUUUGUCAAAGAGCGUGUGCCAAGAAGAAAGAAAUCUUCCUCAUCAUUUUGAUCCAAAUCCAAAUUCUUGUUGGGUUCAAUCAAAUUCAAUCAGCUUCUGCUAAUGGCACACAUUUCAAAAACCCAAUUUCUACAUCAACAAUCGGAUGAAUCAGAGCACCAUAUACUCCAAGAAGAUGAAGGAAUUUCAUCUGAACAAACCCUAGACAACACCAUGACUAACUGCUUUACUUUGGUUGAAGACGAUGAUCUCGUGAACGUGGAGGAGGAAGAAGAAGAAGACGUUCCUUACACCUUCAAUUUCGAUCCGUUUUCUCCGCUCAAUUCAUCGUUUUUCGUUCCUUCAUCUUCCUCGUCCUUUUGUUAUCACCACCAACAUCAUCAUAAUCACCAGGUAAAAUCGAAUUCAAAUUCAUGUUCGUGUUGCUCAUCUGAAUCGGAAUCAGAAUCCUCAUCCGAAUUUCCGGAUUCAACUGUUUAUCCGGAUUGUUUGUAUGGUGACGAUGAAGAAUACGACCAAAUGGAUUUCAUCACCGAUUUGUUCGACUCUCGUGGAGAUACCGAACUUGUUUCUCGCCGGUUUUCGAGCACUGAUGUUGGAAUCAGCGUUUCUGAAGGUAGUCCGAUUGAUGACGACAACGAUGAUUUCGUUUCCAGUAAUAUCGACCAUCUAGGGUUUGAAGGCGGCGGUUUAAGAGUCGUCGGAAUCGAAUCGGACUCAGAUACAGAAGAAUUAGGUCAAGUUAACGAUAGAUUUCAACCCAGUGAACCGAAUCUCGAACGUUUCUGGGAUUGUUCAUCUAUCGAGAGAGAAGAAGCAGAAGCGACUUCUAGGGUUGACGAGAGAGACGGAUUGAGUUCCGUGAUUGAUAGAAUCGAAGAGAUUUCCGUUUCAUCUGAAAUUUCCUCAGAAGGAGACGCCGCCGUUGGGGUUUUGGAAUGGGAGAUCCUUCUAGCUGUCAACAACCUUGAAAGAGACCUCGAAUUUGAAACCGAAGGAGGUGAGGGUUUUGUUUACACAGCUGAAUUCGAUACUCUAAUUGGUCAAUUCGUGGAGACUGUUAGAGCUUUAAGAGGUAGUCCUCCUGCGUCCAAAUCCAUCGUGGAUAAUCUGCCAUUGGUGACCUUAAAGACCAACAAAGAUUCAAAACAAGAAGACGACAAUGUCAUCUGUGCAGUUUGUAAAGAUGAAAUUUCGAUUGAAGAGAAAGUGACAGAGCUUCCAUGUCGUCAUCAUUACCAUGGUGACUGCAUCCUGCCAUGGUUAAACAUUCGUAACACAUGCCCUGUUUGCCGAUUUGAGUUGCCUACAGACGAUGUUGAGUAUGAGAGAAGCAAGAACAGAUUGGAUGUUGUUGUUGAUGAUGAUGAUGAUGUUGAGCUUCGAGUUGGGUAUGGUUUUCAACUUUCACCUUGAUAUUAUAUAUAAUAUAUAGAUAUAUAAUAUUGUGUGUGUAUAUGAUGAUAUCUGUAAAUAGUUUGAUGUUAGUUUUAUCGCAAUGCAAGAAAUUGCGUUUGUUGUUGUGAAAUGUGGUGUCUUUUUUCAUCAGUGUUUAUGUUAAAUGAAAAUAAACUUGAAUUUCA